GAAAAUGAUCGAUCAGUGGCCACGGACGAGCAAACAACGUCCGGCACUGUUUUACGGUCGUUGAUUCGAGUCUUUUCGAUCCGCAAGCAACGUUCACCGUGUCUGGGGACAGUCCGCGAGGCGAAAAGGUGGGGCGCCGAUGCUUUUUGAAUCGCCAAAUCGAUAUAAAGGCUUUCCACGAACGAAGGCGAGAUCAUUCCGUGGGAAAGUGAUGUGGACCGUCGAACCGGAACCGGAAACGAAAUAAGUGUCCGCGAAUAUCGGCGAUAUCUCGCAUCAUGCCUUCCUGCAAGCUUCGCUCUUCGUGCCUCGAUGGAAUGUCUUUGACGUGCUCAAUCCUGGCGAUCUUCUGCGCGUUGGCAAACGGCGAAUACCUCAAAGAACGCUUCGAGCCCUCGUACACCGACGUUCACCCGUGGACUCGCAUAAAUCGCGAGAUUCCUAGCGAAUUGAUCUUCUCAGAUCCAUCACCGUCCUAUAGCAGUUUCUUAGAAUCCAGACGAAACCACCGUGCGUUCGAUUCCUCCCUCGAUUCCUUCGGCAAGCCUAAACCAUGGUACCCGACGUCAACCGCGAAGAAAGUCCCCACGGAGAACAAGAAUCUCAAGAAAGUGAUAUCACCGUUCUACACCGUCACCGACGACGAUUCCCAAAGGUACAAGGACAUGGUGAUGAAGUCCGGCGUUCCAUACUGUCGGGAGAUGAAAACGAAACGUGGGGAGAAGAGCAGCGGCUCGAAGGACACCACGGUCUGCUACAAAUGCAAGAAUCCGAAGAACGGCGCCACUUACGAACAAUGCUCGUAUCAUUCUCAGCCAUUGGCCGAUUCCAGCAGCAUCGAGGGGAUUCCAGUGGCGCCGCCAGGGUUCAGAAACCGAAGAUCCAACAUGGACGAAGCUUCGUCUGGCUCCAGGGACUCUGGUGGUCACGGACGAGACGACAGCCCGUAUAGAUUCAGCGAGAGGAUAUUCUCAGACGCCACGGACGACGUGCCGCCGGAGUAUAAGAACGAGAACGAGAAAUGCGAGAAGGUGGCGAAGGACUCGAUGGUGUGCAUGGUGUGCAGAGACACGAGGAGCAACGCCAAGUACGAGCAAUGCUCCUACGUUGGGAAGCCUAACGCUGAGUCCAGCUCGCCUGAAACGCGAGAAUCGGAGAAAGAGGGCGAGGAGUAUACUGGGAGAAGAUCGAGCAGAGAUUAUUCGAAGAGCGACGAACCGGUUAAGGAAUACUCCAGUUACGACGACAAGGAGGUGCCAGAGAGAUCGUCUCGAGAGGAGGGCAAAGAAUCGUCGAACACCUGCAAGAAGGUCCAAAGAGGCUCGAAGACUUGCACCGUCUGCAAGGAUCCCGGGACGGGUGGGAAUUACGAGAGAUGCUCGUACAGCUACGAGCCAGACGACAAGGUCUACAAGUACAGCAGAUCGAAGAGUUUCGGGUAUCCCAGCAGUUCCUCCAAAGACAACGACAACAAGAAAGAUUACAAAGAGGACAAGUCGGUGGAUGAGGGAUCGCGAAGCGAGCCUGAGGAUUACAUCAAAGACUAUACCAUACCAGAGAGCUAUCUCGAGAGAAUUCAGUCCUCCCCGCCUUCUUACUUCAAGGACGACGAAUCCAGGUCUAAUCCAGGUCAUUACGGAUCGUCUCGAGGAUCGAAAUCUCCUUCGGACGAGGAUGGAUCUUCGUCCGGCUACGAGAAAUCGAAAUUAGAGUCGCAAAGAGUCGCCGAGAGUAUCGAGCCGAGCCACUGCAAAGAGAUCGAGAGAGACUCUAUGACAUGCAAGGUUUGCAAGGACCCGAAGACCGGAAGUAACUCGGAGCAGUGCUCGUACAAGUACCAACCAAACGACAAGAGUUACUCGUACUCGAAGUCUAGGUCGUUUGGUAGUCCAACAGAGCCAGAGGAGAGAUCGUACGACGAGUCUGAGAGGAAGGAGUCGAAGGAGCCGUACGAGAGUCGAGGCUACGAUACUUCCUCGGAGAAGACGCCUCGCGUUACCAACAGAGACGCCAGCAGAGGAGAAUUUUCAACGUUCGGGGAGUCGGAGGACCAGUCGGCGAGCUCUGCCCCGAAAAAGGGCGACUCGGGCUUCUACGACGCGUUCAAGAAGAAAGCCGAGAUCCAGCAGGUACUUCGCGAGUUCCAGAAGGAAGAUCGUUCCAACUGCAAGAAACUGAUGCGCGGCCGAAUGACUUGCUACCAGUGCGUCGACGAGAAAGGCUUUCAAAAGGAAGAAUGCGCUUUCGUAACCUCGGACGAGCCGAUCGGGGAGAAGUCUACCAAGAAGGUUCCCAGAUCGAUCGAACGUCGUUCGUACGAUUCAUUUGCAGAGCCUCGGGCUGCUGCGAGCGAGAAAGCUGAACGAGAACAAUCGAACAGCGAGAGGAGGUCCGACGAGGUUGAGAAAGGACCUAAGGAGAUUGAACCUUACGAGUACGUGGCGGAGACCAGACCUGUGUUUGACAAGGUUCUCGGAUUCACGCUUCCGGCGUACAUGUUGAGCACUUCCGAGCACGAAGACGAGUUUGAUAAGAUUUUCACGAGUGGCGCUACUUAAGAAUGUUGUUUCCUUUUUUUUUUUUUUUAUCUUUUGUAUCUUAUUGGCAGAUUCAACGAGCUUGUAGAUAAUUUGUAAAUUUGACGACGAAAUAGAUUUAGUUCGCUCUUGCAUGAAACUCGAGUC